AUUUUUUCCUUCCAUUUUCGACUCUAUUCGAGAGAAUGAAGACACAAGAUGGUUCAUCAUACCUACCAAUUUAUAAUGUUGCUUUGGGGGAAUUCUGAUCAAGCAGUACUGAGAGACAGUACAACAACGCAAACUGUGAGCACCAUAGCCGGGAUGAAAAUUGUCACACCCGACUUGGUCACUAUUUUGUUGAAUCGAUUCCCAGUUUUGAUCACUUCAGAUUCUAUUGCAAUCAGACCCAUAUCUGGAUUUGAGAACGGAACAAAAAGGGCAUCACAGUCCACAGACCUGGAUUGCUAAGCUACUUCUCAGGCCAAAGCGACGGAUCAAUUCCGGCUAGUUUUUCGCCAACGGCAAUGGAUUUUCCGUUGCAAUGGAAGCGACGGCGAGGGUUCGAUCAGGUUGGUCGAAAGGAAAAACAGAGUCAAGAAAAUGGAUAAGACAGAGCACCAUACAAACCAUGACUUCAAUGUCAAAGCAUGUCAACACUGGAGAUGGAGAAGAUAGAAUAAGCAGCUUGCCAGAUUCACUUCUUAUCCACAUUCUCUCGUUGAUUCCAACCAAAUAUGCGGUCAGAACCAGCAUUCUAUCAUUAAGAUGGAAGGAUUUAUGGUCUUUUGUCCCGAGUCUUGACUUUGAUGAAUGGUUGAGUGCAAAUACCAUUCCUGAUAAUGACACAAGUUUCAUGAAUUUUGUUGAUCGUGUACUUCUCCUCCACAAAUUGCCAUCUAUAGAAAGAUUUUCUGUCAGAGGUCAUUCAGGAAUUGCAGUAUCUCAUUUGUGUGAGUGGAUAAGAGUUGCCAUUAUGCGCCACGUCCGAGUGAUUGAUAUCCAAAUGUUCCCACACCGGCAUAUUAGCUUGCCUUCGGAACUCUUCACUUGCAAGACACUGAUACAGUUAAGCCUUGUAAGUGAACUUGUGUGUGAUACGCCCUUAAGCUCUGUUUGGUUGCCAAAUCUCAAGGACCUCCACGUUUCACUUGAUUAUCCGGGCAAUGACAUUACACAGAAGCUCUUUAGUAGCUGCCCCGUGCUUGAGGAUUUGUACAUUAGCGCCAACAUGGAGAGUGAGGAAGAUAUCGUAUUUAAUGUUUGUGCCCCUGCUUUGAAGAGAUUACAGUUUAACUUGGCUGCAUUUUUUGAGAAUGGGCUUGUGCUUACCACAAACAAGAUUGUCGUUAAUGCACCAGUUCUUGAAGCCCUGAUUGUUGAUGAUGACUAUUUGGCUUGCUAUUCUCUGAAGAACCUAUCCUCCUUAGUUUCUGCAUAUAUAGAUGUUGGAGACCGCUUUAUUGAAGCCAUAGGAAUGAAGGAACAUGCUAAUCAAAUAUUUAUGCUUCUGGAAGGAAUUACUAAUGUCAAGUUUCUUACUCUACAUACAGCAACUAUGGCGGUUCUCGACUUUGCUGAUGAUAAUAAGCUGCCACUUUUCCCGAAUUUGAUCCAUUUGAAGCUUUUUGUUCCCAAUGGCUAUUCUUGGAGGCGGCUACCAGACUUGCUCGGUAGCGCUCCUAAUCUGGCUACUCUGGUACUGAGUAAGAAUCAUGCAUCUGAAGAAGAAGAUGAUUUGGUUCAUGAAUUCAGCUGGGUUGAACCACAAAGGACGCCUACUUGUUUAUUGUCAAAACUUGAAGAGUUAGAAGUUAUUCUAUUUCAGGGAGAAGACGAUGAGCUGAAGCUGCUAAAGUAUUUUCUGGAAAAUGGCAAAGUGUUGAAAGAGUUGUUAAUUUAUGCUUGCCAUCUAACUUUUGAGGAAAAGUGGAAUUUCUUCGAGAAGGUAGUAAAGUUUCAAAGGGCUUCAAAAACUUGUCGAAUUACAUACACCGACAAAAACGUGUGUUGUUAAUUCGUGAGAUAUUGAGAUCUGCACUCUAAACUUGUUUCUGCACUUUCUAUGCUUUAAGACAAUGAUGUUAUUUGAACAAUUUCUUUAGUAAUUAUUGGUCUUUGGUUCCA